CAACAGCAAAAUAGUGGGUGGACAUGCAGUGCUUUUACUGGAGAAAUUCCCGCUACCUUAGUAGCGGGUUAUUAUCCUCCAUUUAUAGCAGCAUUUUUAGCUUGAAACAAUUUCAAGGUCCAACUUCGCCGUUCAGGUUUGUUCCAUUAGUAUGUGCAGCGCAGCACAUACUGUUUCAUCUUGCCUAUAUAAACGAGUGAUGAUAAUGACUGGAGCUUCAAGGACAAUCAAUGGGUAGUCCAACUUCUUUCCUUCUUACGAUCGCAACACUUGCCAUCUCCGCUUUUGCGGGGAGUUCUGGUCUGCAGGAAAGUUUGUCCGAUGCUCACAUAACGGCUGUUUUCCCUGGCAGCUCUUCUUAUGAUGCUGCGAGCAGGCCAUAUAACUUGCGUUACGAUUUCGCUCCAGUUGCAGUGACAUUUCCUUCAACGUCAGAGGAGGUCGCCACCGUCGUCGCCCUUGGUAGUUCGGAAAGCCUACAGGUCGUUGCAAGGAGUGGAGGCCACAGCUACAUUGCUAAUGGGUUGGGAGGCAAAAAUGGCUCCCUCGUUAUUGACCUGAGAAAUAUGACCAAGGUCGAGGUGCAUGCAUCUUCGGGUACUGCAACAGUAGAAACAGGCAAUAGGCUGGGAGAUGUCGCGUUCGCAUUGAACAACCAGGGAAGAGCGAUCCCCCAUGGAAGUUGUCCUUACGUGGGCAUUGGUGGUCACGUCUCUGGCGGAGGCUUUGGAUUUACGUCUAGAAUGUGGGGGCUUACCCUCGACGCAGCCCAAUCAAUGACUGUAGUAUUGGCUAAUGGAACGAUUGUAACGGCGUCAAGCACCUCCAACGCAGAUCUCUUCUGGGCAAUGAGAGGUGCCGCGUCCUCGUUUGGUAUCAUCACCUCUGUAGAUUUCGAGACAUUCGCUGUGCCCUCUUUCGCAACUAUCUACGAAUACGACUGGCAGCUGAAUUACUCCGCUGCUGCAGCCGCUCUAUAUAAUUUCCAAGAAUACGUGAUGACGGAUAUUCCACCUGAACUUGGAGCCGAAGUCAAUCUUGGAAAAGGUGAUUCCGAGGGGAGCGUCUCUUUUGUGCUGACCGGCGGGUGGUAUGGCGGGUCCUUAGACGCCCUCCAGAGCGUAUUAGCUCCAUUCUUGCAGUCUAUGCCUUCGGCGAGUGGAACUUACUCUGGUAAUGGAACGUACAUAAGUACCGUUGCAAUUUUGGGUGACGGUAUCGUAAACACCAAAACCGCGGGCCUGGACACAACUGAUACUUUCUAUGUCAAAUCGUUGAUGACACCGGAAGAUCAACCGAUGACCUUGGAAGCUUUGGAGGUCUACAUGAAAUAUUUGGCAUAUGAGGGCUACGCUUCCGAUACGGCCUGGUUCAUGCAAUUUGAGCUCUACGGCGGAGGAAACUCAUUCAUCAACUCGGUCGAUGUGAAUUCAACAGCGUUUGGCACAAGAAGCGCAUUGUUCACAGUCCAGCUGUAUGCCUCGUCGAGUAGUUUCGAGCCGCCAUACCCUGACGACGGGUUCACUUUCUUAGAUGGUGCCGCUGAUGCCAUCACUACAACCAUGGGUGAUGGCUGGAAUUAUGGAGCUUAUGUGAACUAUGCCGACGAUCGACUCGAGAAUGAGCACUAUCUUUACUAUAAAUCGCAUUAUCCCAGGCUGGAGAGUCUGAAAACUCAAUACGACCCAACAGGUGUCUUUGACUUCCCCUUAAGUAUCCAGUAAGGAUACGGCGUAAAGGACAUAGUUUAUCAUCUCCGUCCUCAUCUAUUUUACGUAGUACUGUAUUACGAUAUGACACAACCCGGCAGACAAUAUAUUUCUAACUAUAGUUUUGAUAUAUUUCAUCGCAUAGUCGGUACCGACAACGCCAAGACUUCAACGAUUUCCUUAUGUUCCGUCAGUCUCACAGCUUCGCCUGGUCUUGAGGCAUCGAAAUACGUUGAUGUGAUCCUCGCCUCUUCGAGUCUCCAUCGAGGGUACUGUCGUCCUUUCAUAUCAGUCGUGAAGGCGCCCUACAGUU